UUUCCAAUUCCUUCUUCACGCCUCUCUCUCUCUCUCUCUCUCAGUUCCCAUGGCUUCCCUUUCCUUUUCUUCUCUCUGUCUCACUGCAAAUCCCUCUCCUCGAACAUUCGGAUCUGGAGCAUCCCACAGGUUUAACCACCUCACCACCUUCGGAUCGUCGGCGAGUAAGAGAUUUAGGUCUUCCGUUUGCAGAGCUGCCUCCCUCGCCUUUCGCGAUCUUGAUGCAGAUGAUUUCCGCCAUCCUCUUGACAAGCAGAACACAAUGAUUUUGCGGGCAAUUCCAGGGUUGAGCGAGCUUGGGAAGGUUUUAUUGGGAACCGUGACUGAACAAGUCAUGCUUCUGGAGAACAUAGGAACAUCAAUACUUGUUUCUGAAAAUCAGCUUUCAGAUCUUUAUCAAUUGAUAAUUGAGGCCGCCAAAGUACUCAAUGUUGAGGCUCCGGAUCUAUACGUCCGUCAAAAUCCUGUGCCAAAUGCUUAUACAUUAGCCAUAAGUGGCAAAAAGCCGUUUAUUGUUGUUCAUACUGGCCUUGUGGAGCUUCUUACACAAAAAGAAUUGCAGGCUGUUUUGGCUCAUGAAUUGGGUCAUCUAAAAUGUGACCAUGGUGUGUGGCUUACAUUUGCCAAUAUUCUUACCCUGGGAGCUUAUACUGUACCGGGGCUUGGUGGUUUUUUAGCUCGGAACUUAGAAGAACAAUUAUUCCGUUGGCUUCGAGCAGCAGAGCUAACUUGUGAUCGUGCUGCCCUUCUUGUCGCUCAGGAUUCUAAAGUGGUCAUCUCUGUUCUGAUGAAACUGGCUGGGGGCUGUCCGUCUAUAGCUAAUCAAUUGAAUGUGGAUGCUUUUUUGGAGCAAGCUCGCUCUUAUGACAAAGCUUCUUCAAGCCCCGUAGGCUGGUAUAUAAGAAACGCUCAAACAAGACAACUCUCACACCCUCUGCCAGUUUUACGAGCACGUGAGAUUGACGACUGGUCAAAAAGUCAGGAAUACAAAAAUCUUUUGAAACGUGGAACAAAGAUCAAUUCUGUUGAAACGGUUUAAUGGCCUCGUGUAUAGCAUCAGAAAUAUUAACAGUUUUAGCAACUUUUAUACGGUCAUCAAAAUGUCAAUACAAUGAACAAUGUACGAAAAGCUCUCCACCAUUGGCUAUCAUGUUCAGAAUUACCCAAAUAAACGUCUUCUUCUUAGAUAUACAAGCCAGAUAUACAGCAGAUUUCAGUCAUUUCAGAAGUGGUAUAUAUAUAUAAAUCUUCAUUACUUCCACUUCGUUACCAAAUUAUACAUAGUCUUAGAUAUGAAGUAAUACCAAUCUAAAUGUACUAUACUGUCACAAUUACUGUCAUCCUAUUCUAUCUCCACAUAUUAAUGAAGUAUGUUUCUUUUGAGACAAA